CUUACCAGGCCCAUUCAUCUCGCUUACGAAGACCUUCACUCUGGAAAAAUGAGAGGGAUCCUGUUGCUGUCCUUGCUGGCCACUGCGCUCACGGAGAACUGGAACUACACCUGGAACGGGCCGGGGCACGGCGACACGGCAGACUCCAACACGGAGAACAUCUGCCUGACGGACGCGGCGUCCUGCGGCUGCUGCGUGAUGCAUAGGCACAUGUGGAAAAUGGAGCGGUUCUUUAACCUGAGCCUGAGCGAACUGCGGAAGGAGCUGGAGACGGCGCAGGCGGCGCUGGACGGCAUACGAGCCAGCCGAAGCGCCUUCUCUGUGGCCCUGCUGGACGUCCGGAACUGCUUAGGACCUCUGCGGCAGGAGGUGACUAUAAUGUACCAAAGCGUCUUUAUCAAUCUCGGCGAGAGCUAUAACCCGGCCACCGGCAUCUUUACCUCCCCGCGCUCGGGCGUCUACAACCUGGCGGUCACUAUGUACAGCGACUCUGGCUCCGCGGGCGCCUUGCUGGCUGCUUGCGGCAGCCUCCGUGUCAACGGCAGGGAGCUGGCCUCCCUCAGCGAGAGGAACGACCAGGACCAGGAGGACAGUGCCACUGUGGUGCUGGCCGUCAGCCUCGAGGCGGGGGACCAGGUGUCCGUCCACCUGCUCCCUGGCUGCUUCCUGUGUGACAGCAAGAGCCACUUCAACACCUUCACUGGCUUCCUGCUCUAUGCCACUGACUGAGGCCAAUGCUCCGACCUCCUCUCCCCUGCUGCUUGACCAGCGACCUAUGACCUUCGACCCCACUGACAUCUAGUUGUGGUAUAUGAAUUUUUUCAGAACUGGCGCUCCAGCACCAACCCCCGAACUUCAGUUAGUCGUGCAAACUAAGCCUGGUGAUUUGGCCAAUAGUAGUCAAGGAUCAGGACUGACUCCACCCACCACCUCAUCCCUCCCCGGCCUGUUUGCUCCAAUUCCAGCAAAUCAGGUCAUUCAUCCUAUAUUAACUUAGCCACACCCGGACUCUGUAAAACUCGCACAUGUGAUUUUAUGAUAUAAAUACUAUUCCUGAUUUUACUUUCUGCUUUGUGUGUGUUUCAUACACUCGGACAUUCCACUGAAGUACGAGCAGAAGAAGCUGCAGAUGGUCUUGCUGUCAGUCUGUUCAACUGCAAAAAGAAAAAUUGGAAAAACAGACACAAGGGGAACUUUUCUGUUAUUAACAUGCUCCACUUUGAAGAAUUAGCAGAGAUGUCUGUCACGUUAAAUGGGACUUUAGUCAUGCGGCAUAAGAGGCAAGAUUAUGUUUUAG